ACUUGUCUCAAACUAUGCAGCUCGCAAACAGCUGACAUUUGCAUACAUAAUCGUUUUUGUUUAAAAUGCCAUAAUUGCAGCAAUAAUGCGACAAAGCUGUCUUUUUGCAACGAUCAGGAAACUUUAUGUGCCUUGGCGUGGCCUUAACACCGAACUAACUGCCGCCUUGCGUCCCUUCUACUUUGCUGUGCACCCGGAUCUUUUUGGCCAGCACCCUGAACAGCGACAGACCAACGAGAAUUCAUUGAAACUGCUCAGCGCACACCUGGAAUCGCUCUAUGACUACAGCUAUCGCAGUGAUGACACCAAGGUGCUUAAGUUCUACGUGCGCGAAGGCAUGGAGGCGGACAAACGAAAUUCAUUCAGGCUUGUGCAGAUACGUAUGGAUCGCAGCACAAGAGAUCCAAAAAAGUUUAUACAAGGCCUGUUGGAAUCGUGCAAUCUAUCAACGGAUUAUAUAAAAACAGUGAAGACAAUGGCCCCCCCAAAGCCACAGGAGAGCAUGGGAAACAAGCCCAGCCAUGAUUAUCAAUUCGAUGCGGAAUUUGCCGAGUUUGAAACGCAGUUUCGCAAUGAACGUGCUACCAAGCGACCUGUUUUAUCAGAAUGGCUGGUGGAGAAUGGAGCUAAGGCGCGACAGCGUGCCAGAGACACAUCUGAGCUACAGGCAGAGAUUGACAAGCUGCAGAAAGUCCUUGUGAAUGAUCUGCGGCUUCGUGACGCGCGUUAUGAGUGCGGCUGGAAUAUUGAACAUUAUCGUGGUUGCUUAAAGUCCCUGCAGCGACUUGCCCAGACACAUGCCAACGAACUAAAUGCUCUGCGCAAUCGUAUUGUGGUCUUUGCUCCCUUUACUGGCAUUAGUCUAGAGGGUCAUGUGAUGCUUUUUACGGGAGAUGUUCUCAACAACUGGAUUGACUUUAUUAAAAACAUUCCACAACAGGAUGCCUAUUUGAAAAUCGUGCCCGUGUAUGAGCAGACGCUUUCGCAGGUGCUGCGAAGCAUACAAAUAGGACGCCGCAAGUUUAUGCCCAAGCAGCAGGCCAGCGGGUAUGCCAACUACCUCAUGAAAGUGACUACCUCACUCAACGAUUAUCUAGGAAAGCAAAAAUAUCCCAAAAUCUGGCCGGAUUCACUAAAAGAGUUCACAAUUGUUGUGGAAUCGGAGGCGGGCCCAUUAAUGGUCAGUCCCACAGGACAAUUUAUUACGCCCGCCACCUGCCCCGGCACCAUACUGGUUGACUUUAUUACUCAACAUAUGAAGCAAGCGCGCGAACGCAUGCAUAAAUACGAGGAGGACAAGCACAUAGAGCAAGAACUUAUAGAUGAGUGUACUAAUCUACUUAAGCUACAGUCUCUGACCAAAGAUGAUGCCAUAACGCCGGAUAAAAUGAUUUCAGCGCUAAGGGAUUUACGCCUGAAUCACUCACAGAAUUUUCAGGACCUUAAACUGCAUAUAAGUAACUACUACUCUGUGCUCACAGAUGGUAUUGUUUGUAUCCCUUGGGACUUUAAGCAAUAUUAGUUGAAUCUUCCGCCUGUGCCUUAAA